AUGGCGAAACUUCCUCAGGCGCAGACGAACUGCCGCUGGAUCACCUUUGACGACAAUCUCCGCAUGGUCGUGGCUGCACCGCGACGACGUAUGCGCCGAGCCUCGCAGGAGGGCGCGUACCUCGCGCGCAUCCUCGCGCAAGUUGCGAAAUGGGACGAGCUGGCUGUGCAUUUGCAGGCACUCCAGGAAGCGUUCCCGCCCACUCGUCUGCCAGUGCCCCUAUACCCGGGCCACCCCCACCCUCUCAUCUUCACGUCCACCUCUAACUUGCAAUCAUCCUCUGUAUAUCCUUUAUUGCUUGGAUCCCGGAUCCCGGAUGUAGCCAUGUAA